GGUUGACAUUUGGGCUUUCAGUGGAAAAUGUAAACAACUCCUUGAAGGUUUGCCAUUUAAUUUGGGUCAGACAGUCACGUCCCCCUCAGCACAGCUCAGAGAUACUUUGAGUUUGCAUCUAGCACCAUCAUCUGGUCAAAAUCUAUUAGUGUUGUAAACUGCACCUGCAAAAAUAAAGACAGGGCCAUCAUGCUCAGCUGGGCUUUGUGUCCAAAUCGAAUGUCAGGAUGUUGAUUAUGGUGAAUAUUGGGAUGAUAUCUUCUAAAAAUGACAUGCUGAUAUUGUUACCAUUAAAUACUACCAUUAAAUUCACAACAUUACUGUGCACAACUAAGCUGUUAUAAGCUUCUAUUGAGACUUAAGUCAGUCAUCCAAACAGAAGACCGAACAUGCUUUUAGGACAUUUUACCAAGCAGAUAAAGCCUAUCAAUCAAUAAACAAUGAUCAAUUUAACAGCCACAUCUUUCUAAAAUUAGCCCAGUUCCUACAACAAAGAAUUUCUCCUUGUCUUCUACUGUCUGCAGCCACCGUCACCACAACCGUCCCCGUUAUUAUAAUUCUGUAUGUAUUUGGGUCAGUUAAAUUCACCAAAACACACACAAUAGGAUGACAUAAUGCACCUACAAGAGCGCAGCUUCACUAGUGACCCCAUGUGGCCGUGAUGUGUAUUUCGAGGAGAAGAGAAGGGGCACAGUGCUGACUGUUGAGUGAUUUUCUAUUCUUGGAUCAUUACCACUGUAGCACUAGUGUUGCAAGUAAUGUGACACUUACUCCAAGAAUGGAUGGAUUCACAGGUGUGUGCCAUCCUCACUCACAGCCAAAGGUGUAAAAUAAGAAGUAGACCUUCACAAAUUUGAGGUUUCUGUACUUUUAAAGUCUAAACUGAGUGAUCAAAUGAGAACCAGGUCAGAUUUUUGAGGCUAGAUGCAGAGUAUAAGAAAAGCAUGUCCAGGCUGAAGCACAGACUUUAAAAUAAUCUCAUUUAUUCACAUUUAUGGUGUAAACUAUGAUCAUCCCAAGCUUAGAUACACGACUAUGGGUUGUUAUAAGGUCAGACUGAAGCGCUUUGUUGUAAACCAGUCCGUCAGAGCACUUAAUCCCAGAUCAGGAGUUCAUUGAAUCAGAGAUACUUUAUUUAUCCCAGGAAGAGAUUCAGUUGUUACAGCUGCUCGUAAACACAAUAAAAAAGAGAAUAAUAGAAGUAAAAAUACAGAAAUAGGAUCAUAGAAAGAAAUACAAACAAGAAAUAAACAAUUUGAAAAAACAGUACUAAAUAGUCAGACAUUAAGAGAUGUUUUUUUUUUUACUGGAUUUCAAUCGGAUUUCACAGUUCAGAUAAAUGAAGUGUGUGACAGAGAAGUUUCCACCUUUUUCAGUAAAAAUAGACAGAGCAUGUGACACAUCAGGAGCCCUGCACGUUCAUGAUGGUGGUGAGAAUGACUUUCUGUGGCGUUCUGUGGUGCAUUUUACUAGAAUGAGUCGCUGAGUGUGCUUUUAAGUUUAACCAGCACAUCACGGAGUCAGUGGACAUUAUCCAAGAUGACAUGCAAUUUGCAGAAACCUCUAAUGAAGAUGUGCUACAUGUAAGCAUCUAGCUAAAAUUAUUAAGUGUAACGAUUAUGGCAGUUGUGCACUGUUAAAUGUUUUUGCAUCAAUGUUUCUGCAUGUCUAUGCUAAACGAAAGAAUGAAUAAAUGAAUGAAGGGCAGUUAUUUUUGUGAAUAACUACUGAAUUCUGUAAAGUAGGGUUUCUGUCAGGAGGUGAAAACUGUUCAGAGAACUGAUUGUUUAUUUUGAACUCAUGGUUUAAGCUUUUGUAAUUUGACUAGCAGUGUCCCAACUACCUGAAAAUGAAUACUGCCACUGAAUUAUUUGAAGAUUUAGACAGAAACAACAUUGUACAGAUGUUAUAAUUCAUGGUUAAUAAUCCACAGACAGGGUGUGACUCCCCCCAAGCAUGUCCAGACGCAAAUGUUUCUUUAACGGGUUUAAUGAAGUCUUCUCCUCUUCAUAAUCAUCCACAGACCUCCACAAACCGUGAAACUAGCAAUACACAGUAUUGGAAUAACAGUUAGCACACUUACUAUGCACAUGUACAAAUAUUCAUAACGAAAAUAAAGACAAACAAAUACCUCGUUGGCUGCAUACUAUGAAAGGGAAUCUGUAGGCUUCUUAUCUUCCAGCUUUGAAGUAUUAGUUUGACUUUACCGUAAGUUUUAGCAAUCUUAACGUAGCUUGACUUGACAGCUAAAGGGUCAGAGCUGUGCACACGACCUCUGCUUGCUUGCAUCUGACGUUACCCAGAACGCUACUGGCCUAGCAGCUCAACGUAAGUGUCAAAAUAAAAGUACCCUUACACUUCAAUAUAAAAUGCAAAUAAAAUACAGAAAUAACCUGGUAAUUCUCAAAGUGGGUUUCUCAUACAAAAUAAACAAAAAAUAUUCUGCAAUAUGGAAAAUAAAAUAGCAACAGUUACACUCCCACCAAAUCUCACCAAUCUUAAAUGUGGGAUUUCUCUACACUUAAAGACUGUUGCGAAUCAACUCUUAAACAUUGAAAGAACUUUACCACUCAACAAGGAAUGAUGAAAACAUUAAGCAUCAAUCUGCUUCAAUCAGUGUGACAAGCUUGUGUAUAGGCCUAUCAAGAUACACUGUUUUGGUUGUGGGUUUACCCUUUGCAUCAAAUGUGGUGUCACUAACUAGCAACCUGACCUUUCUCACUCUAUCAUCUGACCCUGGAUAGACUUCUGCUAUUCUGGCCAACUUCCAUUCGUUCCGUGGCGCCUGAUCAUCCUGCAGAAGCACAAUGUCAUUUGCCUUCAGGUUUCUUCUGUUCUUCUGCCACUUUUGUCUUGGCUGCAAACUCAGCAGAUACUCUUUUUUCCAGCGAAUCCAAAAUUCAUUGGCCAAGUACUGAACUCUGCGCCACCGCUUUUGAAGAUACAGGUCUUCCUUGACAAACUGUCCAGGCGGAGGAAGGAUUAUGGUGGACUUCAUCGUGAGAAUGUGGUUCGGAGUCAAUGGUUCAGGUGCGGAUGGAUCAUUCAAAUGUUCAGCGGUAAGUGGUCGGCUAUUGACGAUUGCCAUCACCUCGUAUAGGAAAGUUCUCAGAGAUGAGCUGUCCAAUCUUUGCGCUGACUUGUCGAGAAUGGCUGUCAGAACACUCCUGAUGGUCCUGAUUUGCCUCUCCCAGACGCCGCCCAUAUGACUUGCUGCUGGGGGAUUCAUUAGAAAUUCACAUCCUAGAGCCUUGACUCUCUCUCCGUCCAUUCCUUUCAUGAGCUCUGCGAACUCCCUUCUUGCGCCAACGAAGUUGGUUCCUUGAUCACUUCGAAGCUGACGAACAUUUCCUCUUAUAGCAAUGAACACUCUUAGCGCAUUGAUGAACGCGUCCGUGGUCAUGUCGUCAAGCAUUUCCACAUGUAUGGCUCUUGAACAUAGACAGGUAAGUAAAAGUCCAUAUCUUUUAACCUCUUUUCUUCCUUCUUUGACAUAGAUGGGUCCGAAACAGUCUAUGCCUGUGUAGGUGAACGGAGGAGUUGUUUCCAUUCGAUCUUGAGGUAAGUCACCCAUUCUUUGUUCUUCGGUGUAUCUCCUGUACUUUCGACAUUUGACACAUUUGAAGAUGUGUGACGAUACUGCGCUGCUACUUCCCAGGAUCCACCAUCCGUUAGCUCGCAGUUCGUUCAACGUCAUUCCACGUCCCUGAUGAUGAACUCUCUCAUGGAAGUGCUUGAUCAGUAGAGCUGAUAUAUGACAGUUCUUCGGAAGUAUAGCUGGAUGCUUGAUGUGUGGAUGCAACGCAGCUUUACUUAAGCGUCCUCCGACUCUCAAGACUCCUUCUUCAUCCAAAACUGGACUUAACUUGUUCAGCUUGCUGUACUUGGUCUUAGCUAUAACUCCCUUUGCUUUCAAGCUCUUCAACUCAUCUAGGAACGCUUCCUCUUGAACUAGCUUAAUGAUCACAGUUUCUGCUUCUUUCCUUUCUUCUAGACUUGUACUCUCAUUGGUUGGUCGUUUCUCACCUUUGUGUUCCUUGACACGUCGUUUCAAUCUGGCAACUGCUUGAACUACCCUUAACCAAACAGAGAACUUCUCAAGACGGUCGAGCAACGAUCUGUCCUUUGCCUUCGUGUUAAACACAACAGCCUUACGGAGCUCAGGAUCAUCUUCCUUAACUUCUCCCACCUUGCAUUCUCGGACAGGUAAUUCUUUUUGCCAAAGAAACUUCGGUCCAGAAAACCAAUUGGAUGUCUCUAGUUGCUCUGCAGUCAACCCUCGUGAGGCAUGAUCUGCCGGAUUGUCCUCAGAUGCAACAUAGGCCCAUUGUUCAGGCUUUGUGCUUGACUUGAUUCUUUGUAUGCGAUUGGCUACGAACACUUGAAAUCUUCUGGCGUCAUUGUUUAUGUAGCCUAGAACGACUGUUGAAUCCGUCCAGAAGUAUUCCUUCAGGUCUUGGAUUUCCAGUUCGUUUCGGAGCAUAUCGCUGGCUCUAACUGCAACUACUGCCGCAGACAGUUCCAGUCUUGGUAUCGUCAACACUUUGGUUGGUGAAACUCUUGACUUUCCCAUCACUAAACUGCAAUGGACUUCAUUGGAUUCAUUGACAACGCGCAGGUAAGUACAAACACCAUACCCUGAGGUACUUGCAUCACAGAAGUGGUGAAGUUCAUAGCCUUUGAUGUCGCCGAACCCUGAAGGUAGGUAACAUCUUCUAACUUCCAUUUCAGAUAGAUUAGGUAGGUCUCUAAUCCAAGACUCCCACUGAGGUCUUAAGCUCUCUGGAAGCUCAUCGUCCCAGCCGAUCUUAUCUCUGCACAUCUGCUGGAGAAUUUGCUUUCCAUGGAGAACGAACGGUGCCAUGAAUCCUAGCGGAUCAUAGACUGAGGCUACGGUAGAGAGUACACCUCUUCUUGUCGAUGGAUUGGACUUGACUUGAACUCUGAAUCUGAAUGAGUCAGACGAGACGCACCACUCUACUCCAAGCGCUCUCUCCAUGUGAGGUAAACUCAAAGCCAUGUCUUGAUCUUUGCUUGUGGCACGUUCCUCUUCUGGAAUGGAUGCCAUGACAUUCUCAUUGUUGGAAACAAACUUGUGAAGUCUUAACUUGCCGGUAGAACAAAGUUCUCUUGACUCUUUGACGAGCUGAAUGGCUUCCUUCUCAGUAGGAACACUCAGGAGCCCAUCAUCUACGUAGAAAUUCCUCUGUAUGAAGCGCACAGUGUCUUUGCCAAACUGACCUUGCCCUUGAGCUGCCAGGUGUUUUAGGCCAAAGUUGGCGCAGCCAGGGGACGAAGCCGCUCCAAACAAGUGGACUUUCAUUCUGUAGGUGGAUGGCGUGUCUUCCAAGUUACCAUUCUCCCACCAUAAGAACCGUAAGUAAUCUUGGUCUUCAGUUUUCACAUGAAACUGGUGAAACAUUCUUUCGAUGUCGCACAUCACUGCAACUGAGCCCUUUCGAAAUCUGCACAGGACACCCACCAGGGUAUUCGUCAGGUCAGGUCCAGUGAGCAGAUGGUCAUUGAGAGAUGUUUCCUGAAACUUGGCCGAACAGUCAAAUACCACACGUAUUUUCCCCGGUUUCUGCGGAUGAUAUACUCCAUGGUGUGGAAUAUACCAUGCCGGGCUGUUCUCAAUUUCUUCCUUGGGGACCUUCUCGGCGUCACCGCGGGAAAUUAUGUCGCUCAUGAAGUUCACAUAGUCUUUGUAGUAAGUUUUAUUCUUCUUUAGCUUCCUUUCAAGACAGUUUAAACGAUGCACUGCACAUAUUCUGUUGUUAGGCAACACUGGUCUAUCCUCUUUAAACGGCAAUGGCAUCUCAAAGUGACCAUUGUCUUUCUGAGUUAUGUUUUCUCUCAUCUUGGACAGGAACUUGAGAUCAUCUUGAGACACAGGAUCCUCUUCUCUAGCUCUUUCUGAGAAGUCUAAUUCAAGAAUCUUCAAGAUGUCUGAAGAAGUCACUUCCUUGACUUUGGAUCUGUUCACAUAAUGAACCUCUGUUUUCAGAUUGACAGUAGAGUCAACUCUUGGCGUCACUUGCCUGACUACUAUGCGAUGACUGAUUCCGAUAGCGUCUCCAUAUGCUAAACAGGGAUUGCCAUGGCCGACAAUACUCCAUCCCAGGUCAGUACGUUGUGCAUAAGGCUGAUUCUCUUGGCCCGACACGAUUUCUCUUGGGAGAAGGGCUUGCGAGCAGUUGUAGCCGAUGAGCAGGCCUACCUCACAAUCCUGCAGAGGUGCUACAUCAUCUUGGAGGUGCUCUAAGUGAGACCAAGCCUUUGCAGUUUCGCCCGUUGGUAUGUGAGUUUUGUUGACUGGAAUAAAGUCACGCGUGUAGAUUGGUGGUAAGCUGAUUCUUUUGCUUGAAUAAAAGCCUCGAACUUGUAGGUUCUUCACUCGUUGUGACUUUACAACUGUAGUUCUUGAAGUCAUAGUAGAGAGCUUCAACUUGACUUCCUCUUUGUCCGCCUCCAGAGCGUCAGCUACUUCACUUAGCACAAAAGUAGUGUCACUUUGGGAAUCUAAGAGUGCAUAGACAAGCACCUCUUGUGCUGACUGAGUGGAAGACGAAAGCCAGACAGGAAUUAUUGCCGCUGUCUGCACAGUAGCUUCAUCCUGAAUAACUCUCAGAGUAGUAGAAGCUGUGGCUGUUUCUUUAGGUUGCACUGCUUGAGGCUUUGCUUUGUUCUUUUCGUUUUGAUUACUUGAUUUCUCUGAAGCUUGGCCUUGUUUAACUUGCGAUGCCUUUUGCUCUUCUUUGUCUCUCUCUUGAUGCAGGCAGGUAGGAUGCUUCUUUUUGCAUGUGUCACAAACACUCCUACUGUUGCAGCUCUUUGAGACAUGACCUGGCUUAAGGCACCCAAAGCAUAGCUUUUCAGCCUGAACAAACUUGACUCUGUCAGGCACUUCCUUUUCUGCAAACUUUCUGCAUACAUGUAAAGUAUGGCCGUUCUUUUUACAAAAGAGGCAUGUUUUAGCAGUCUCUUCAUUAGAACUGGUGGUCAGUGUCUUAGCUUUAACAUUUUGUUGUUUUUGCUGCUUCGGCUUUUCAGUUUCACCUUGCUUCAGUGAUUGCAACGAUGUAACUGGGUUACAAGCAAUUUUCACUUCUCUGGUCAGAAAUCUCACAAACUGACUGAAGGAAGGGAACUGGCCACUCUGUUCUUCCAUUUCCAUGACUUUCCGGUUCCAUCUUGCGGUUAGCCAAUCUGGAAGCUUUGCGAGAAGCUGUCUGUUCUCAUUACAGUCAUUCAAAAUCUCCAGUGCCUUGAUAUGGACCAUAGCUGCUUCGCAGCUACGCAGAAAAUCAACAAACUCUUGAAGUCCAGAGCUAUCUUUAGGUCCAAUCUUGGCCCAUGUUUGAAGUUUGUCUCUAUAUGCCUUCGCAACGGUGAAUGGGUUUCCAUACCUCUCUUCCAAAAUCUCCCAUGCUGCAGCAUAAGCAGACUCUGUUCCAAGAAGGAAAUAGCCAUCCACUGCAUUCUUAGCUUGACCGCUAACAUAUUUACGGAGAUAAUAUAUCUUCUCUCUGUCUUGCAUAUUCUUCUGGUCAAUCAAAGUUUGAAACGACAGUUUCCAAUCACUGUACUUCAACGGAUCCCCGCUGAAUAUUGAAGGUUCAGGAACUGGAAUUCUGUUGGCACUUAGAGCAUCAGCGAGUACCUUAAUGAGCUCUGCUGUGCUUUGAUUCGAGGAGGUGAUCACAGGUUGUGGGGCAGAAGGUGCAGACAGAGGCAGACGGCUUGAAGGACAUGGCGGCUUGAUGUCUGCUACCAUCUCAUGGCUUAGAAUGUCUUUCGGUUCUUCUUUAAUGUCCAACCCCUGAUUAUACACCUGCAUUCUUGCCUGUGCUGCACUAAGCUCCUUCACCGUUUCCAAAUUCUUUAUUUUUCUUCUUUUUUCCUCUAAAGUCAUCUGUAGAGCUGUGUGUUCUUCCUCUAGUUGAGCUUUAAUCUUUGCUUCCUCUUCUUCUCUCUCUAAGCGACGCCUUAUAACCGCUGCCUCUUCAGCCGCUAUCUUCCUCUUAGCUUCCGCUUCUAGACGCUGUAGUUCCGACUGCUCUCUUUCUUGUUCUUGUAACACUUUCAGAACAGCUUGGCUUGCUGCAGCGUCCGCAGCAGCUUCUUGAUGCUUGAUGGAAGAUGUUCUUGUUUGCUCUGAGGCAUUCUUCAGAAUAGAGGUAACUGAACCAAAUUCACUCUUGCUUGCGUCCCAAAGAGAGCCUGCUUCUGGCCAUUCUGGGUCUCCUUCUGGAACUUUUCCAUCCAGGUGGCUAGAGGCUAUAGCAACGAUGAAGCCUGAAACCUCAACACACAGGUCUACUCUUCGCCGCACAUCUUGGUCUGGAGUUGAGACUUGCCGCAAUUCUUCAUAAACAUGCUGAACGUCUGCGGAAAGGCCUCUAACAUCUCCAAGGAUAUCAUUAAGCAUGCCUUCUGAUAAAGACUCAGAUGACUGAGAUAAUGACUGCUUGCAGAAUUUAACAUGUGUUCUCCAUUUUCUGUAGAUGUAGUCAAAUCUAUGCAGAAGUGCUUUAAUUUUCUCGUCUUGCAUUGCUUUACCCUUCUCUGUUAGAGUACGGGUUCGCUCACCACGUCUGAGCUGCUGUGCUUCGUCCAGCUGAGGCUCAGCAUCACCGACUUCAUCUUCUGGAGGGCCUUGUAGAUUUUCACUUUCCCUAACACUAUCUCUUACCUGAGUAGUGGACUCACUUAACUCUGCCAUAAUUGAAUGUUAAACUUAAACUGGCAAGAAAUGUCUAUUUCAAUAAUGAAAAACGUAAAUAAAGUCUGUAUUCACUAAAACUCUUGUGUUGCGUGUAAAUGUCUCUUAAAUGUCCUUGUGUUUAAAUGUCACACACUAUACUUGGCAAUGUACUCAAACCAAAAUUACAAUAUGCUGUACUUAUCACAAGCAAUAUGCUUAAGUAGCUCAAAAAUGUACUUACAAACUGAAAAAGUUGUUUAAAUAAACCUUAGUUCUCUUAGAACCGUUCAGAAAAUUCAAAUAUCAAAAUUGCAAAUAGCUUUCACUUUACAUUACCAAAAUACACUUUAAAUUGUGAAAAUGAAAUAAUUCACCUUUAACUUCCAAGCAUUUAAAUUAUAUCCUUUAGCUUUAAACCUUAAACUUACAUGCACUUAAUACCAAGCUUAAAUUCAAAGUUGACUGGAUAAAUGCAUAGCCAUUAACACAUUAGUUCAAAUCAGACAUCCUUUCCAUGAACCUUUAAAUCAACUCUUAUUAGUUAGCCGACUCUUAUUGUCCACGUGCUUAAUGACUGUCAACUACGUGUUAAAUAUGCACUCAUCUGCCGGUCCUUUGACGACUGUAGCCACGAAGUUGCGAUUAGCUCGUCGUUGGGCUUGCUUCUCACUGGCGUCGGUGAGCACGCCGACCUUCACUCGCAUCGUCGAGCAGUCCGAGUUUCACUGUGACUCCCCCCAAGCAUGUCCAGACGCAAAUGUUUCUUUAACGGGUUUAAUGAAGUCUUCUCCUCUUCAUAAUCAUCCACAGACCUCCACAAACCGUGAAACUAGCAAUACACAGUAUUGGAAUAACAGUUAGCACACUUACUAUGCACAUGUACAAAUAUUCAUAACGAAAAUAAAGACAAACAAAUACCUCGUUGGCUGCAUACUAUGAAAGGGAAUCUGUAGGCUUCUUAUCUUCCAGCUUUGAAGUAUUAGUUUGACUUUACCGUAAGUUUUAGCAAUCUUAACGUAGCUUGACUUGACAGCUAAAGGGUCAGAGCUGUGCACACGACCUCUGCUUGCUUGCAUCUGACGUUACCCAGAACGCUACUGGCCUAGCAGCUCAACGUAAGUGUCAAAAUAAAAGUACCCUUACACUUCAAUAUAAAAUGCAAAUAAAAUACAGAAAUAACCUGGUAAUUCUCAAAGUGGGUUUCUCAUACAAAAUAAACAAAAAAUAUUCUGCAAUAUGGAAAAUAAAAUAGCAACAGUUACACAGGGUUUAAUGACAGAAUGGGAGUUCUUUCUUUCCCCAGUUUUUCUUGAGAAACACAAGCCAAAUAGUAAAUCCAUCAACAGAAAAAAAAACUACCAGUAGUUUAAUACUCCAUGAAAUACUUAUUAGGUUCAGUCCUAAGUAAAAGUCCUGAUUAUACAUCAAAGCCUUGAAAUAGUUAACUCAUUAUCUAACUGAAUUUUAUCAUUGUUGUAGGAGACUCUGAGUACUAAUUUCAUACUAUUUAUACUGUAAAAUCAUACUGCUCACUAUUUAUACCAAGGUCUAAAUACUGUAUGUUUGGUUGAGUAACAUUUCAAACAAAGAAAAUAUCAGUCCAGGGCAGUGUGACUUUGCAUCUGCUGUGAACUGAUUGUGAUUUGAGGAGUCUUGAAUGAUCUGCAGCACAAUCAGGGUGUAGAAGAUGAUCAGUCAACAAAAGGCCACGAUUGACUCCUCUGAUGACAGAGACUCUGAGACCAUUUUAAUACAGACAGACUUCGACAUCUGUUCUCAUAAUCCUGUUAUUUUUCUGUCCUUUACAUUCAAGUUAAUGGCGAUCAAAGUAUCACAAAACUACAUUUUCAUAAGGUUUACCAUCUGUUAAACAUUCAGGAACAUUAUGUACUUGAAACAUGACAUCCACAAACAAAGGCAGGGGCGAACGUCACGGCCUCACUGUGGCUGUUAUUAAUAAACGUUUCAUAACUCUCGCGAUAAAUAUUUGACAGAUAGUCUCGAUUACCUGCCAAAGGUCGCUCUUCUCUUUCUUUCGGUUUUAAUUGAUACUUGCUGUUCGAGGUGCCGGACAAAAUUUCGGCUCCUGAUACGAUAUUCAGAUAUUCAGCAAGCGUUUGUUGUCAAGAUAGUUUUUGAGGCAAAUCACCGUGAGUUCUUUGUCAAUGCUCUGUUGUAAAUAAAGUUGGACUGUUUUAAAUCAGUCAGCUGCUUCGGUCGGCAGCAUCACAACAAACAUGGCGCGAGGAGGCGGCUAACGGAGAAGAACCUCUGGAAAUCCUGUCGGAAGCGUUUUUUAUUCUUUUUCUUGCUUCGUACCUGAUAGUACUAUACCGUAUCGACUUCAACAUGGACCCUGGUCCAUUUCCAGAAGAGGUUUCCGAGAGAAAAGUGUGUGUCGUUGGGUCGGAGCUGGUGGAAAACUACACAGUAAGCUAAUUUACGUCCGGUGUUCUGACGAUCUGUGCAACUGAGUCAAAAAAGGCGACCGCAGAGCGAGACGACAGCGAAUUAUAUCAUUUCACGCUUUUUAUCUGUCAUUUUGUCAAAUAUUUAUUACAAGCGGGGACAAGUGCAAUCUUAAACUUGGGGAGCAUGUAUGGCGCUCGAUUUUGAAUUUUCCUUUUUUUAAGAAUUUAGGAGAAGCGUAUCUUUAUGUCCCUUACCCUGCAAUUCUCCCAAUACAGAUUCACUUUAUACUGCACCGCUUAUCCCUUUGCUUGUAUUAUCAGAGCCCGGGGAGUAUGUUUCAUAAUGUAUUACAUAAUCUUUAUCCAAAAUUUAUGAGAAGUGAUACUUGACCUACAUAUAACUGUCCACUAUUGCCCCCAGUGACAAGCCCUUAAGGUGCUUCUUGCCAGUGAGCAUGCGCGGAUUCACUCAGUUGUAUAUCUCGGUGGGUCGCACAUUUCGACAGAACACCUAGGUUACCUGAACCUAAAGCUGAAUAGCUUAGCUUUUAGCUACUUCAGCUCCAGUCUAUCACAGUGAUCAUCUGUUUUGGAAUUUGUACAAAUUGUUGAGCUGACAGUGUUUUUCCGUCAGUUUUUUUUUUAAUUAAAGUCCCCGAGUCUGAACUGUACAGAGUCAUUACUGACAAGCUGGUGACUGCUUAGCUGCCCUGUUAGCUUAGCUGUCACAGAUUCAGUGUGUUUGCAAGGUCUCAUCCGAAGGCUGCAAACUUGACUAUCUUCUGCAGCCUUUUCUUUCCCUGUCCGGUAAUGGGCUGUAUAUUAAACUAGGAUUUAAUAUUAAGGAUUGUAAUUUUUGAUUAGUCGUAGACGCAGAAACGAAUGAUAGGAAAAUCCCCAUUCCCUCUGCCCCUGAGUUUCUUAUCUCUUCAAAUGUAAGAUUGUGUGGGCGGGAUAUGACAGUCAUAAAGGUUAAAGUGUAUUAUAUAAAGCUUUCUCACAGUGAAUGACUGCUGUAAUCAUUUGAUUUAUACCCUUUGUUUCACUUUCAGUUUGGUCCUAACAACAAAAUCAAGUUUUGCUGUGCUUUUAAUAAGUAAAUAUUGGAAAAAUAAUGAUUCUCAGCCCAAAACCUCAUGGCCUAACGGAUCAUCAUUAACUGUACAAAAUAUCAUUGAAAGAUGAAGAGAAUUUGUGGGAAUCUCUGAGAACAGACAUGACUCUUCAGGAAAUCACCGCAUUGAGUCAAAACUUCCUCCAAACACCACUGUCAGUGUCGUAAGUCAUUGCAUCCACAAAUGCAGGUUAAAACUGUACCAUGCAAAGAGGAAACCACACACAGAUGUGAUCCAGAGACACCUAUGACUCUCCUGGGUCCGAGUUUAUUUUACAGGGACUGAGACAAAAGUUUGUGAUUUAAUUUGUUGUAGUUCCAACUGUAAACAUGUGUAAUAGUUUGUUAUCAUCAAUCUUGGACCUUUGCUUCAAUGUUUAUUUUACAAAACCAAAAUGUCCUUCCCAAUUUUUUUAGUUAGUUUUCAUUAGUAAUAAUUUCAUUGUUUGGAAUUAUGAUUUUUAAAAAUGUGACUUUGGAUGAAACAGUUCAAAAACACUGUUAUGAAAUAGUGGAACUGAUAUGAAAUCUCAACCAUUGCUGCUAUAAAUGUGUAGAAAUUUAUGUGUUUCUGCUUAUUCCAGGUUUACAUCAUAGAUGUGACAGAUGGAGAGCACAAGUGGACUGUAAAACAUCGCUACAGUGACUUCCAUGAACUCCAUGAGAUAGUAAGUUUACAUAGAUAACAGAUUGAUCAUUCCUGGUGAUCAACAGCAUCAUGAAGAAGUCUUUGUAACAUCUUUGACUCAAGAAUUCACAACAUUUUAGAUGAGUAAAUAAAUAUUAAAUCUUCAUCUUCAGCUCACAGUAGAGAAGAAGGUGGACCGGCGGCUGCUUCCUCCAAAGAAGAUGAUCGGAAAGAACUCAAAGAGUCUGGUGGAGCGAAGGCAGAAGGAGUUGGAGCUCUACCUGCAGACGCUGCUUCAACAGUUCCCACAGGCCACACCCAAACCCCUUGCCUUCUUUUUGCACUUUCACCUCUACGUGAGUAAACCUUUGGUUACCAAUAUCCUCAAAUCUCAGCAUCCAUGUAGUUACUUUUUCAGAUAUCAAAGUCUACCAUAGGUACAAGUUUUUUCUUCCUUAAAUGACUGUAAAGCACUUUAUUCCAGUAUUAGUCAGAGCGUCUUCUACCAACUCUUACUGCUUAAGCUGCUGCUUAAACUUUUGUUGCCUGUUGAUUUGUUUUAAAGCUUGAAACACUUUUUUUUAAACAGGCAAACUGUGAUGUUUUUUUUAAAAAAAUUCAAUUUUUAUCUUUUUCGUAUUAUUUUAUCUGUUUUUUAUCUUUCUGUAAAUCUGUGGACUUCAUCUUUUUCAGAAGAGUGCUUUAAACAUUAACUGAAAAUCAUGUUAUUUAUUGCCCGAUUUAUAUGGAUUCAAAUUAAAUCAGUUCCAUUUAACAAAAAAAAUCUCUGGAGAGCCAAUCUGUUCAGAGUAACUUGUGCAUCAUUAAAGACAAAAGUGAACAGCAAACUGAUAGCUAAACAAACUUAAGUGAACACUAAAAUAAUCAGACUGAAUAAAAAGAUAAAAAGUCUGUGAAGAUAUAUCAAAUCUUAAGUAUCAUGUUUUAAAUAUGAUCACAGAGGGAGAAAUAGUUUUGAAUUUAUUUAGUUUUACAAGCAGAUAAAAAACAACAACAUGCUGGAGGCAAGACGCUGCAGGACUUACUCUACCAUCUGUAGUCCCUGUGUAGACAAACACUGACACAACUAAUGCUUUUCAUUCAGAUACAAGUUCAGGCUUUGUGAUGUCAGUGACUCUAAUCAUAUGACACAGUCACAACAACAGAGUAGUGUAGUCAGGGUCUCCGGGACUCUGCUGGCUCAUGUGACAUGACAUAAUGAGGCACACUCGUCCCUGAUGAGUUUAAAUAAGCACAGAUGACACUUUGUUUCUCAUUAUUCAACUAAAUUAUGUCUGGAUGAGCAGGUUACACCCGAAUAAUAGAGCUGUGAGGAAAACAGCUGAAUAUUUACUGCCUGAGCCAAGCGUUGCUCUUUGCCCUCCUUGAUAAAUGGUUGUGUAAGUAAUCCAAGCUCAAAUGACUUUAACCUUCAAAAACGAUCCGUUUAUUUCUUAAACUGACAUAUUUUUUUCUAAUACAAUUUAAGACUUAACAAAACUGUGCAGAAAAAAAAGAGGAAAAUCAAAACAUACUCACAAUAUUUGAAAAAUAUCACCAGCUAUGAGCAAUAAAGAAAUGAAACUGAACUUUUUACCCUGAACUUUGUUUUUCUGAAGUGAUGUAACAUUUAACUGUUUUUUUUCUCUUUUAGGAGAUUAACGGCAUCACAGCAGCAUUGGCUGAGGAAUUAUUCCAUAAAGGUAAGCUCCCUCUCCGACCUUUCCCCUCUUUUAAUUCCUGUAAUUUACUGACAACUGUGCCAAAACUUCAGGCUCCUGCAGGUAAACUCUGUUUGAGUCGAUUUUAGCACCUUCUGUGAACAAAGUGGCACUGCUUACAGCUCUGCCUAUUCCUCCUGUACAUGCACAAGUAGUUUUUUUCUGCCUUAAAAUCUCAUCCUGCCUCCGUUAACAGUGAACCCCUCACUGUGAAUAUUCUAGAUAAUCCCACUUCUUUUAAAAGCUGCAUAAAUCUCAAAAACUCAAAACAAAGCAAGAGUUUUUGUCUUUAUCAGACUUGAUAUAAAAUCACCUGAGAAAUAUAAAUUUACAUCUUACUUUAAAGUGGUGCAAAAGUAAGACCUGAAUUACUCAUUACAAGUUGAACAAAUCUGUCCUUUAGGGUGAGAAAGAACUUUUUUCCUGAAAUGAGAAUAAAUUGUUUUUCUUACCUCAUGCACAGAUUAUUUUACUUAUUUCACACUAAUCAGGUUUUAUAUUUGGUUUGUAAUCUCUUGUAAUAAGAUGUUAAUCUAGACUUCAGGUGAAUGAGGCUUUUAUUGAGUCUACUGAGACUUUUUUUUUCCAGAAAUGAGACAAAGAUCUGCUUCAUGCUUCGUCCCUCUCUUAUUUCUACACCUGUAUACAACAGCGACCAAAUAAAAUACACAUUCCCACUGCACUCUGUUUCUUUAGAUAAUGUAAACAUGAUGUGAAAACAGUGAACUUACAGGCUCAUUAAACUGCAUGUAUCUCAGAUAAAAUUUUCAGCAGUGUUCAGGGUCUAAUCUCGGUCCGUCUGUGUUUGAUUGUUAAAGGUGAGCAGCUGCUCCAGGCUGGCGAAGUGUUUUCUCUCCAUCCUCUGCAGCUAUACUCUAUCACCCAGCAGCUUCGUCUGGCCAAACCCACCUGCUGUAACGGAGACGCCAAAACAGACCUGGGACACAUCCUGGACUUCACCUGCAGGCUGAAAUACCUAAAGGUGGAACAGCUUUUGAUUUAAUCCGAAUCUGCAUCAUACAUUUUAGUUUAUUUUUUCAUCUCAUUGAAGGAGAAGAGGUGGUUUAAAUCUCACUCUGGCUUUGUCUCUGCUGAUCAGGUUUCUGGCACAAGAGGUCCAGUGGGGACCAGUAACAUCGAGGAGAGCAGCCUCCCCUUUGACCUGUCGGUUUUCAAAUCCCUGCUGCAGAUAGAGGUGACUGUCUGUUUCCCUUUUGAACCUUUUUUUGUUGUAGUAGCUUUGUGGUUAUUUCAUAUAAAUGAUAUUGGUACCAUGAACAUCAGGUUAACCACAGAAAAUGAAUGUAUGAGGCGCUGACACACAAACAUAUACAUGUGAUGUACUUUCUGUGUUGUAAUGACACUUGUUUUCUUUAACUGUCACUCUGACUGAUUCACAGAAAGUUUUUAUUUUUUAAUGAGCACAAACAGGCUGAGUGUUUUUGUGUCUGAAGCUUUAAAGUCAGAUCUCUUCACCAGUAAUUUCUGCAGAUGCAUUUGGAUACAGUCAAUCUAGGCACGAGCAGCACAGAUACCGUCCUUGCAGCACCACUCUUGCCUCCUCACUUUUCUGAUUGUUCUCUUUUUGAUGCACAUUGAGAGAAAAUCCUUCAUUACUGUCGGCUUUGCUUAUAUUGUAGGAGGCAAAGUUUAGGGGAGACAGACAGCUGUGCAGAAUCUUUGUUACUGCUCCAUGAAUGCUGAGUUUAUUCUUCUAAAAGCUCUGUCUCACUCUCUAUCUGCAGAUCAGCGAUUGCAACUCUCAGCAGAUUCAAGGUCUGUCGUCUCUGAGGUCGAGUCUCGCAACUUUAAGUCUCCACCGCUCCACAGAAUCCAUGAUGGUACUGUUCACAUGAGGUUCUUGUACUGAUUCAGCAUCUGUGUUAGUUUUUUCUACUAAUGUGGGAGUUUAAACGUCUGCUCUGUCACUCCGGGGUUUUCUGCAGUCCAUCCUGGUUCCUGAGGCCAGCGAGUUCUCGCAGUGGGAAGCUGAGGGGGCGGAGUCUGGCUGUCCCGUCACUGCUGUGAUCCCUGUGUGGAAAAACCUGACCACAUUGGACAUGAGCCACAACUGCAUCAGCAGCAUUGACUCCUCAGUGGUAAAACACUCUAACCAAACGUGAACACAAAGUGAACAGUGGCUGAAGUUUCCCUGAUUUCCUCGAAAUGACUCUGCUGGUUCUGGGAUCUUCACACGAUGUCUCAGAUAGUUUAUCAUGGUUUUAUUUAUUCAUACAAAGUUUUUAUGUUUGCUCAUCUUGCAAAAAAAAGCAAGAAAAGGCAAUCCUUUUCCACUUUUUGUUGAAAAAAAAACAAAAUGCAAAGUGUAAGACUCGAGAAGAAAAGUGCUAAAUGUGACGAUGAAUUUGAAUGCUAAAUGAAUGGUUCGCAUCUGCUCUGAUAAGUCCUCUUGAAAUGGUUAAAAAAAAACCCAGAUAAUUAUAUGCAAAAAUUUGUGCAGUUUAAAUUGCUUAAAUUUAGCAGAAAUGAUGAUUAUGUGAGUUAUGUGGGGGUCUGUUAUGUGUCUGUUAUGUGAGAUAAUGAAAGAAGCUGACAGUGAGUUUGUCUCUUCUGCAGAAACUUAUUCCUAAAGUGGAGUUUCUGGAUCUGAGUUACAACCAGCUGUCCACAGUGGAAAACCUGCAGGUAUGUGAGAGUGUGAUGAAGAGUAUAUCAGCUCUGCCUUAAGGCUGUGCAUUUCCAGGGUUAUCAAAAUAUACAAUUUUUGACCCUGCACCAUUCAAAGAUGGUCCUAACAAAGCUCCUUAUACCUCCAAACCUAUACCUAGGUUGUUGUCAUCCAUUAGUAAGUCUUGUUGAAUAUAAGAGUGCAGAUAGGAAGUAAAAUCAAAACAUUUACACCAGCGAUGAUUCCUGUGAAACUUUUCGUCUCUUAUUUUGAACAGACUGUGUGUCCGUCAGAACAACACUUUUGAAUUUACCCUGAAACUUGGACUCAAACUCAGGUUUAGCUGCUGCAUCCUGUAUCAGGUCCUGGCAGGAGAAUUAAGAGACAAAAAUGAAGGAGAAAUUCUGAAGUAUGUUUCCUGUUCUUGCAGCACUUGUACAAUCUGGUCCACGUGGAUCUGUCCUAUAACAGCCUGAAGGUCCUUGAAGCGGCUCACACACGUUUGGGGAACAUCAAAACUCUGAACCUGGCUGGAAACCAGCUGGACCAGCUGACUGGACUCACUAAGCUCUACUCUCUGGUCAACCUGGACCUCAGUCACAACCAGCUGACCCAGGUAAUCUCACUGUGGAUGAAACAGCCACACUUAUGUUCUUUACUUGAAUAUUUCCCCCUCUUUCACUGAAGUCGAUUCUUGGUGUUUUCAGUUGGAGGAGAUCAGGAACAUCGGCUCUCUGCCCUGUUUGGAGAAACUCAACCUGUCCAGUAACCCCAUGUGCAUCAUCCCAGACUACAGAACCAAAGUCCUGGCCCAGUUUGGAGACCGAGCAGCAGAGGUACACCAACAAAACGACCAUUGAGUCAGAUUUAAAACAGAGGUUUAUCAGUCUAUCUCGAUGUUCUGCUGAUAAGACUGUCACUUCACCUGGUAUCUCCGCUGCCUGUACCAGUCUGUACCACCUCGGCUUCACUUGUUGUUAAAUCCACUUCCUGGUCUCAUGAACACUUUAUAACUCAGUCACUUUUACUCUGUCACUUUAUCACUGGUCACUUUAACUUAAUGUACUUUGGAUUUUUUAAUUGCACUCCUCCCACUGCACUGUUGUUCUGGAUUGUAUAGUUGUACAUAGCCUUUUAUACUUAUUGUACAUAGCAUUGUACAUAACCUUUAAUAUUUUUAUACUUCAGAUAUUUCUUGCAUGCUCUUAUUAGUUUUUAUUCUAGUAUUUUAUAUUACUUUCUGUUUAUUGUUGCUCCAUCAUGCCAAAACAAACUCCUAGUCUGUGAAUCCUGUUCAUCGACAAUGACAAUUAAACCCCUUCUGAUUCUGAUUCUGAUUCUGGUCAAAAACUGUGGAUGUGUGUUGGAGUUUUUUUAAAUAUCCUUUGUCUCUGUGUCGUCAGGUUUGUCUGGACAGUAAAGUAACAACAGAGAAGGAGUUGGACACAGUGGAAGUGUUGAAAGCCAUUCAGAAAGCCAAAGAAGUCAAAGACAGAAAGAGUAGUGGCGACAAGAAGGUACGUUCAGUCCCGCUGAGGCAACACCAGACCUGCUGAGACCUGUUUAUAAACUGUCUGUAUAUAUUUAUGUGUCAGUUUUAUUGAGGUAAGAAAAUAAAAUAAGUGUGACUUCAUCAGAUAACCAGUCUAAGUGAGUAAUCCAUGGAUCUCUUUUAGGACUUUUAGGACAUUUUUUUCUUUUCUGUACUUCAAAUAAGAGGAUUUUACCCAGCUGAGUAUUAUGUUCAAAUAUUACCACUACAAGAGGUUUGAUUUGACCCUUUAGAUUUGACCUUUGACCUCUUCUAAUCAGAAAACAAUCUUAAUCUCAGUCCCCAGUGUUGAUUGUUACUCCAGUAUACUGUAUUACCACGGCUUCUGAAUAGAAUAACAUAGUGAGUUUUGUAGUUCUAACCUGAUUGAAGAUAGAUGUAUAGAUAAAAGGAUUAGAAUUUUACUAACUACUAAAAGGUUCAAUGUCUGUUUAUCUCUCUGUCAGUCGCUACAGCAGCUUCUUAUCUUAUUACAUGAGUAAUGAGCUGCUAUAGUGUGUGUUGAGUUCAUCACCUGCAGAUCAGCAGCUUCAGUGGGACUCUUGUCACUAUUUAACUGUCAUCAGCAGAGGUUAGCUGCUACACUGAUCAAGCCAAUUACACGUGUUCAGUUGUUGGAGGUCUGUGAGGUUGAAAAGUUUGGAGAGUUAUCAAAAUUACCAGUGAGGUUUGUGACUUAAAUCUUUGUGUUCAAACGUAAACAGAAAGCUGAUAUUGGUGUAUUUCAUCAGCUGUAAGCGUAGAGUUUCCAGGCCUGUAUAACAAAAAAAAAACAAUCAUCUUUUUCAUUUGCUUUAAGAACAAAGAGUAAUAUCAAAAAUCUGAGUGGAAAACUUUGUCCUUCAGGACAAGGCUAAUGGAAAUAGGUCAAUAAACCUAUAAAACCAUUCAGUCAGAUACAGAUACAGAUACUGAUAAACUGAUGCCACUGUAGGAAAAUAAUUCAUAGAGUACUCUCUGACACAAACCUUUAUUAAAGAUUUCUACAGGAGGGAGUCAAAGGCUCCCAAAUGUGAAUAUUGAGAUUUGUUCAGAUUAAAGUUUUACCUAAGUUAAACACCAAAGUUCACGCUAAAACAUAAAAAACAUCAUUAUAAAAAAGAAAAAGUAAGAGAUCUAAAUGCCAAUGAGACUGGAGUUGCAGAAAGUGACAUGAAAUUCCUUUUUAAGGUUUUAACUUUGAGCGCACAGGUUUCAGUUCCUACUUCACAUUCGGUUUCUUAAACAACCUGAAAAAGUCUCAGUUCUGAUGUGGAUCUGAAAGUCCAGCUGACUCUGCUGCUGAAGAAGCUGCUGUCUGCAGGUUUGAGGAUUUCGAUGAUGAAGGUGACUGCUGCUCUCUGAAGGCUUCCUCCUCUCUGUCCUCUCGUCAGAUCAGUGAGGAGACCAGGCUGUCUGCACCUGCACCUCCUCACCUCUCCUCCUCUUCUCCCCCUUCCUCAUCUUCCUCCUGCUGCUCUUCUGCUGUUGCUCCUCCUGCUGUUACCUCCUCUUCUUCCUCCUCUUCCUCCUCUACCUGCCCGGCCCAACAGGCUGCCUGCUCCAGCCAAGGUAAUCAUGUAUGUAUCAGGCUGUGCGAGGCUGAGAGGGGCGGGUUUUUAUUUCUGAUUGAAGGCAGCAUCCAGACAAUUUAAACUCUCUGCUCUUUGUCUGUGAAACAAGUGAUUAAAAAAAAAAGAAACAGCUGAUUGUGCUUGCUUAGCCUGCAACUUUUGAUUAUUUUCACAGUAAAUCAAUCUGCCUGCUGUGUAGUCAGUAAAACACCAAACUUAGGGAUGUUCUAUAAAACAGCAGCCUGCUGAUAGUCCUGAUUGAAGUGUAACACUUUAUAGAAAUCGACUAAACUGUAAGCUUUCAAAGAGCUUUCUUAUAUAACUCAAACAGGUUCAAAGUACAAACUGUAUAAAAGAUGGACAACAUGACAGUUCCCUAAAGUGAAACCAAAAGGUUUCGGCUGUAAAUGUCAACUUUUAAAAUUAAAAUACAGGUAUAAUUAAUGUUUCUCAAACAUGGUUUUGUCAAAAUAGUUCUUAAUACACUUAUUUAUGUCUGAGUGUUUGUUUUAUGUAAUUUGAUGAGGUAUUAGAUUAUUUAAGAACAGAUAUAUAACAUAAUGACUGACGCUUCUGCUAACAAAUGAGGUCCCUGUGUUGCAGUAUGCGUCAGUCCUUCUUAAUAUAUCAGCAAGUUAAAGGUGCAGUGUGAAGUAUUAAGCUGCAGCAAAGCAGACCUGAGGGGAGUGAAGUACAGUAUUCAUCAGCUUGUUUAUUUUAACCUGAAUAUAAAACGGUUUAGUUUUUGUAACCUUUGAAUAGGCCUUUAAUAUUAACAUUAAUGAAAUGAGCAGAUAGGAAUGAUUGGGGACAUAUUUGCUGCUGAAAGAAGGCUUCAGAUUUUGACUCGAGGUGAGAUCAGCAAAAAAGAGAGAGGUAUCACUUUGACCACAGGGGGGCACCAGAUUCAACACUGACAGAAAGUUUCUUAUAGGAGCUUAAACAGAACGGCUGAAUGACAUAUUAACAAACAGCUGCAGAGUCAUUACAGGAGUAAUGAUGACUAAUAACCUGCUGUGACACUAACCCUCUAAUGACUCGGGGUGUAGCUCAGGUGACUCCCUGCUUCAGCUCACUAACCUCCUCCUGUGACGUUCAAUAUCUGCUCUGCUAAAUUACAGACCUGCACAAUAGUUUGAGUUUAACAGAAGUAACUAAAUGCAUGCUGGUGUUUCAUGUCUGUCCAGUGUAACAAGGUGAGACUGUGAUGUUGACAUACCCGUGAAGCAUAAAUGUUAUCCAUCAACUUUUGAACCUGUUAUCUGGGGUGAAAGUUUUCUUGAUUACUUGGUUUAUAGAAAAAGUGUGUAAAAUACCAAUAAUGCUCAAACAUCAUAAAAUUCUAAGGUUCAAGCUUUAAUAUUUAAAUAAAGAGCAAAGAUGAGGCCUAAUAUGACAGGGCCACUCUAUAGAUAGAGUCGGUCAAAGUUUGCUGAGUGGGCUCCUCUUCACAGCAUGUUCUUUAUCUGUUUGGUUUCCUGUUUCAGAAAUGACGAGCAGAGAAGAAGCCCCCGUCCCCCCCAGUGUCCUCCCCCCUCCUGUGGACACUGCAGCCCCCCCUGCAAGCUUUAACACAAACACACACCUCCUGUCUGUUGACCUCGUGCAGGUCAGGAACACACCCUUAACACCAGGGAAGGGAGGGGAGGGCUCUGGAAACCAGUUAGGGAUCAUGGAGCAGUGUGAUUGGGGGGGAUGAUAAAAAAAAAAAACAGAAACUUAAAUCAGUGUUGGGAUUUAUUGAUUUUGUAAAUGAGGGUUUACUAAAACAAAUCUGCCUUUUUUCUGUUCCCUCUUCUUGACUUAAAUCAGGCGUAUUAGUUUGUCAGUCCCCAGUUUGUCUCCAGUUUCAAAUACUUGACAAAUACGGAGGAUUUUACACUUUGUAUUUAAAAGGUUUUAAAGUCACACUGUUUUUUUUUUUUAUGCAGGUACAACAACCUGCUGUUAGUCUGUCUGAACACACUCUAAGUGGAGCUCCCACGAGUGUUUGUACUUCUGCAACAACUUCUUCGGUUUCUGUCUGGUGAGUAUUCAAAUUUCUAACAGCAAAGUUCCUCAUUUCUUGGAGAAGUCACUUUUGUUUUACUUCUUUUUGCUUCAAUACUCUAGUUCUUGUCCCCUGCCUCUGGUCUCUGCUUUAUUUCGCUGGUUUAAAUAUUGUGUUAAAAGGUUUCUCACCUGCCAUGUUUCCAGUCAUUUUAACUUCAAUUGGUCAUAAAUGAUGAAGGUAAAGUGUUCGUCUGUCUCUCCUCCAGUUCUGCCUGCUCCUCGUCCCCCCGACCCGCUGAAACAGCUUGUCUCACCUGCAGCACAUUCUCAUGUCCUCUACUCCCUUCUCACCUGCUCUCCCUCUCCUCCUCCAACAAAGACUUCAUUACCCAGCUCUCCCUUCUGCUUAGCUCCAACCUGAAAGAGAGAAAGAUGAAGAAGAAGGAAGAGGAGGAAGAGUCAGAGGAGGGGAGGGAGGGGGAGGAGGAGGAGAAGCGGUAUGAAUCCAGAGAGGUUCAGUCACAUGUUGAAGGCACUGAGGUAGAAAUUCCCAGGUAAUUUGAUCGGCAGCGUUUCUGACAUUUCUGUAGAAUUCCUCAGGAUUCUUGAAUUUCUUCAAAGUGCUUUCCAGGAUUCGUUUCUGGGACUUUUCUGUGGGUGUCUGAGGUUUUCAAGUGUUUUCAAACUUCAAGUUUCAGGCUUUUAGGAUCCUAAAAGAUGUCCUUCUCUGAGUAAUUCCUCUGCAGGACUGUGUCUAAUAAAUGCACGUUUAUAUUCUGCAUAAUGAAUCGAUGAGAUGAGGAAAUGUUGAAUUGAGUAAACCCUGUUACAUCACUGAUCCAUGCUCCUUUUUUCAGUCCCGGCUCCAGGGACGGGUACUUUGAGAUGGGUCUGGACGACUCUGUUGAAGAGUCCGUUUGCUCCUCCUCCACCGGUCCUCCUGCAGAGGAGCCUGUUAACCACCAGCAAGAGCCAUGUGAUGAUGAUGAGGAGGAGGAGGAGGAGGAAGAGAAGGAGGUGAAGGUCUGCAGGGUUCUGUGGUGCUACUGCGUUCAGAUGAAGGAGGAGGUGGAGGAGAAGAGGGCGUGUCUGGUGCUGACGGAGCAACUGCUGGGUCUCUUUUACCUGAAAGAUGAUUUCACUUGGACCAAUCAGGACGCAGGUGAGCAGACAUCAGUCUCAGUUAACCCUGGACUGUGAUAAACUAGAAAAGCCAGGACUUAAAUAGUUAUUUUGCAUUUUAAGUUUGUGAAAGUUUAGGAGUGACUUUGCCGUGUCCUUAACUUUUAAUCCUAAUCUGGUCUGUUGUUCUUAGAUAAGGAGCAGAGACCCUUAGUUGAGGAGGUUUUAUCCAGCCUGCAGGUGGACCUCCUGCUGCCUCACUCCCAGCUCCUGCUCUCCUCCUGUGCAGAGCUCCCUGAUUCCUGCCUCUCAUUUGGCAGCUUAGACAGACCGACCCUGUGGUACAUCUUCUCUGAGUACGAGGAGCUCCAGCUGACCAGGACCGAGCUGACGAGACUCAUCCAGGUCAGAGAGCAGUCCAGAAGACUCUUAGAGUUUUAUGAUGAACACAGUUUGAGUCAUUUUAAUUUUUUUGUACACUUGGCCUCUAUGGUGAAAUAUAAAAUUGUACUAUAUGUUUUAUUAAUAAUUCAUGACCUAAGCUUCUUUUCAAGAUAGUUUCAUGAGCAAUAACUUAAAUUUGUGCGCUAUUCUUCUACAUCAGUGAGAAAUUCGGGUUUGUGUCAGUAUUGGCGCCCCCCUAAGGGCAGAGCAGUCUGUGCUGAUCCUCCCCCCUACAAGUUUAAAUUGAGAGUUUUGCCCAAAAAUGUAAUCCUGCUGACUUUCGACAGUCAAAUGUUUCAUUUAUUGUGACUUUUCUAAUGCAGAAAUUGUAAAAACAGGAGUGUUUCUUCAGCUGCGUCCAUGACCUCUUUGCUUUUGAACAUUUUGAAAGAGUGAAAAUCUGAAUUUCGAGAAGACACUUAUCACAGAUGCUUUAAGAAAACAGAAUUAAAAAACUGCUUAAGUAAAAGAAUAUCAGCAAGUGACAUUUCUCUCUUUGUUUGCUGAUGUUUUUGUGUGUUUGAAGUAUUGUCUCCUUUUUUUUUGCCUCUCUUUUUUUUGCCUAACUUUUUGCAGAGACUUUAUAACGGAAACUUGAAUAUCUUCUCUUAUUUCCAGGCGGCAGAGUCUCAGACUGAGCUGGAGCCCUCUAACACUCCUCAGCUCCUUCCUCGCUCACUCAUUAAUUCCUGGGAGCUGGAGGAGAGUCAGGGAGCUAAAGGAGGCUAUCCUGCCCAUCUCCUCCUCUCUCCUUCGUCCUCCUCUGCCUCAGACACCCACCACCUCUUGUCAGACUUUUUACCCAAGAACGAGGAGCCCAGCCUCCUCUCUCUCCUCUUUCUCUCCCAGCGACACCUCUGGGUGCUGAAGAUGGACUUUAAAGAGCUGACAGAAAGAGAGAAAAGUAACAUUGACCGUCAUCAACCCUCCUCCUCCUCCUCUUCCAACUCCUCUACCUCCUGGUGCAGGCUGGUCCGUGUGCCCCUCGGCUCUGUGGUGCUUCACCCCAAAGAAAGAGCCUCUCAGGUUGGGGACAGAACUAGCAACUCCUUCUGCCAGGACCCGAAACACCAGCACAGGUACAGAGACUGUGAGGGGUGGACGGAUGUUGAAACGCUCUACCUUUUAGGAUUUCUGUGUAUUUUUACCAAACUGAGAAAGGAGCACAGUGUUUCAGUGCCUUUAUCGUUUAAUUAUUUAGUGUUUCCCUGAUUUUUUUGUAUGAACUUAAUCCCAGUAGUACUAAAUUCAUGCUACCCAAUGAAUUUAGAAGUCUAAAAUCCAAUAGAGCUUGAGGUCAAAAAUCAAGGAUGGGAACCCUUCUUGCACUUUUAUCUAAAUCAAAAGUUUUUUGACUCCCAGGUGAAAGUUUGAUGCUGGAACAUGUCUUAGUGUAGCUGUUGUGUAACCUACAGUCAUCUUUGUUUUACAGUUUGCACUGAUACCAGGAUUCAUUACUCCUGACCCUCAUAAUUAUCGGUCUCGUCUCCAUCUUGUUGUGUUCAGGAGGAGUCACAGUGUGGAACUGCUGCUGGGCGGUCAGAAGCUGCUGCUGCUCUUCCCUCUGACCCAUGACAGGAGCUCUUUCCUGGGGGACCUGAGCCAGAGGAGAGCCUCUCUGGAGGGGCUGAAGAUGGUCGGCCUGCCCCGUCCCUGCACGUCCUGCUCACACCAAGGGCAAAACACACAAGGUGAAGACCAACUAGCUGCUAUUCACCUUUAUUAUCUGUUAGUUUUAUUUGCUCACUGGUUUUAUCGUUUAGGUUUGGUGACCUGUGUUUUUGUUUUCAGGCUGCUGCAGAUCUAAAGAUCAGUGCUGUUGUAAAAACAGCAGGAAAUCUCACAGCAGCAGCAGCAGCAGCAGGUAAGAUCUGUCUUGAACCUGAACUUACCGUUUCAUUCAAAAGCCGCAUUGUGACCGCUGCCAUGUAGCAUUCAUUAAACACUUUUCUCCAUCUUCUUCUUCCCUCUUUCUCAGCUGGGACUCCCAACACCCUCAGCUGGAGGAGAGCCAACCUUCCCCACACCUCCUACCUGGUCUCACCCCGGGACUGAAGCUCCUGUCUGGGCUCCAAGGGCAACAUCUGCUGGCUUACUUCCACAGAAACAUAGCAAUGGUAGGACCCAAACACACACACGUACAGAGUUUGUAAGCAGCUUGUUUGGUGUUAAAUCUAAUGUUUCUUUCCACAUCAGCAUCAAUCGCCGUCUAUUUUCACUCGAGCAGAAAAUAUUAGAACUCCUUUUUUUCUGUUUUUAUCACUGAUACCAGACUGAGGCAGAGGAGGUGCGGCAGGUCUUGUGGCUGUCUGUGGUUCUCUACAAGUCUCCAGAGUCUGAGCUCACCUGCUGUCUGCUGCUCUCCACCGACACAAUCUACUUCCUGUUAGAAGACUCCGCCUCCACACUCGGACAUCACUCAGGUGAGACUUAAAGUCAGACUGGGGAAGAAAAUUUAUUUAGAUUCACAAACUGUUCUACCGCAAACUCUGUUAUUAAGCAUUUGUAGGUUAAGUCAGAAAAUGAUAUAUUGAUCUCAGAUUGACAAUGUGGUGAUUUUCUGUUAGCCAGACAACAAGAUUUUAACUUUUAACAGGAAAAGCUUUUCUCUCAGUAUGUUCCAAAGUUAGAUGUUAUGUUCAGGGAUCAAAUCAACAAGCGUCAUUUUGGUUCCUCCCAGUGGACUCGGUGACACCGUUUCUCUUUUCAGUCAUCCUGCUCCUUUUUACAGUCAAAUCAGCACCACUUAACAUCUUUGCUGGUAAAAAGGAAAAAUCUGGCUUUUGUUUUCGCCUCACUUGUGGCAGCAGUUUCAGCUGUUAAAAAAAAGGAAAAAAUUAAAAUGAUCAGUCUUGAUGAUGAGACCUAACCUGCCCCUGUAGGCCAUAAACCAUUAUCAGUACUAUUUCAGCCUGUUUCACUUCCUUCUAAACUCUUAUUUCAAGUUCAUUAUUUCCCAUCAGCUAUGAGAGAAAGUGAGUAUUUCAUAAUUAGAUUAAUUCCAAACAAACUUGAAAUUAUCAAACAUGCUCUGUUGAAGUUUUGAUGAUUUUGGCCUGUGGUUGAAAAAGUAAAAAAAAAAAAUGUCUUUGAUUAUGAGCAUGUUUGAUUUUGAGAUACUUCACUGAUUUCAGGUUCUUAUAAAGAUAAAUGAACUUUUGGUUAUUUUUCAGAGCAUGUACAUGCAGUGUUGUUGUUUAGUCCUCAGUCGACUGUGUCCACAGACUCUGAGUGCCGUUGAAGAUUGUUUUCUCUUUCUCUUCCAUACCUCUCUCUCUUCCUCUCUCUCUUUCUUCAUCUCUCUCUCUCUCUCAGUGUUGGACACGACGGACUCUGGAGACCCUGACGUCUCUCUGUGCUGCUGUCUAUCCAUCAGACUGUCUGACCUGCUGUCUGUUAAUGUGGGGCUGUUUGACCAGUACUUCAGGGUCGUAGGUCAGUGGAUAAUCACACACCUUUUUUAGUUAUAAACACACACAUUAUCAUAAAAAAAACCUUUGACUUUCUGAUGUUAAAUCUUUUUUUCAAGGCCCUUUGAUGGAUCUCUGACCCCCUCCUUCUGAUUUUUACAGGUCGUUCAGCUGAUCACAUCGUGUGCUGUCUCAGUCGGGACAGUUAUGGGACUGGUUUGUUCCUCCAGGAGCUGAUGUCAGCUCUCAGUUUACAGCAGCAGCUUCCUCCUCCAGAGCCGUCAGACCAGGACUUCUACUCCCAGUUCACCAACACUAACACAGGUGAGCAGCCGUGCUGAGACACUUUUAGUCAGAGAAGAUUCAAAAUCUGUCUCGACAUGUAAAAUCUCAUGAUGCACUCAUUAUAAAUGCUAUUUACUCUAUAUUUAGUAAAAAUUAUUAAUAUUCUGCCAACAGGUGGGAUUUAUGUAAAAUUGGAAAGUUUUUUAUUAUUUUUAUUUAUUUAUUUAUUUUGACCUUAAAUAGAAACUCAACACUAACGCAUUGUAUCUUUUAAAUAUGAAAGAUCUGGGCUGCUGGUUUAGCUCAGUUGAAAGACGACGCCAACAGGAUUUGGUUCAUGUCAUGUCCUCCUAUUUCUCUGUAUUCCCUCUCUCUCUCUCUCUCUCUCUCUCAAGAUAUCCUAUGAAAAAAUCUUUUUCUGGUUUAGGAACAAAAAUCUGUAUUUGUAGCUCUGUUGUGUGAUGGGAUUUCCCUCCCCCUGCAGGUAAGAUGCAGAACUACGAGCUGGUCCACAGUAGCAGGGUGAAGUUUAUUUACCCCAGUGAGGAGGAGAUGGGAGAUCUGACCUUCAUAGUGGCAGAGAGGAAGACUGCAGCCAGCACAGCAUCCUCGUCUUCACGCUCCUUUAAUGUCCUGCUUUACCUGCUGGUCUUUCAGGUGAGACCGUCCUCCUUUUUUGUCAAAUGUGAUUUUUGAGGAGAGUGUAUGUGCGCUGAACUACGUCUAGAGGAGCAACAUGGAAUAAAUCUGUUCCUUUCCACUGGUUUUGUGCAUCGUCUUAUAGGGUGCUCACACCAAGCGUAAAGUAAAAUCAUCUACUCGCUUAAUUCGUGAGAAUCUAGACGCGUGAAUAAAUAGUAUUUACUCGCUUCAUUUUAACGUCAACGGUAAUUUCAAUGGUAAUCCCUGCCAAUUCAACUGGUGAGAUCAAGUGACAGACAAAGGUUUUUACAAUUUACCACAUAAUCCGACCUCCUCACUCACUUGCCUCCGGGUGAGCUUAAUUUUUAUUCCGGUUUCUGUAAUUAAAAGAAAAGGUAUCAUAUGACUCGGGGCACUCACACACCAGCACGAUCAGUUUGUCCUCUAUUUUAGAUACCAGUGAACAACCGUCUGUUUUCAUACGUCACCUGGCAUUCUUUUUGCUGAGUAGUUAUCGUGACACAAGUAUCCACUCAAGUUGAGACAUUUUCAGCUCCUGCCCAAUUCACGUCAUUCGCGCCGCCAGAGUAGUCGGAGCAUCUAAUCCCAUCUUUGCAUGUACUUAACACAUAAUUCAUUCACCUGAAUGAUUUUACUCGUGCUUGGUGUGUGGAGACAUUUAGGCGUAUGUGCAGGUUUUAGUCCUGGUUCAGGCUCAAUGAUAUUUAACCCUAACCUCAGGGUGAUGGAAAUACAUCUAAUUCGGAGAUGUGUAAAAAUCAUCAUGAAAACCAUUAAAGCCUUUUGUCACUUCAUACAAGUGUCAAUGAAAUCAGUCAUUAAGGCUUGAACAUCAAACUCAGUUAAAGCAGUUUGUUUGAGAAUUAAUUUAAAAGAUAAGAUAUUGUGUUUUCCUCCAGGUUCAGGUCCCCAGCAGUCAGCCCAACCAAGGCUCCUCUCUGCCAGGUCAGACCCCCCCAUCUCCUGUCCUCCAGCCCAGGACUCUGAUCCUGACCAGCACCGAUGUGUUCCUACUGGAUGAAGACUAUGUCAGCUAUCCUCUGCCAGACUUUGCCAAAGAACCUCCCUCCAGGUGAACACACAGGAUGCGCCUCCCUCCUCAUUUGGCUUACUGUGGUCAGUAAGGGUCCCUUAUGAGAACAAUUGAUGACGGUGAUUUUCUUCAGGGUCAGCUGGCAGGUCUGAUCAGCAUUUUAAAAAAAAACAGAAAAACAUGCCCUCUACCCUGAUUGCAGCAGAGGUUUAUUUUUGUGUUUGUCUGCUGCAGGAAAAGAGGAAGAAAAGGAGACACAAGUGACAGUGUGACGUGGAGAAAGUUUAGACAAAGGGGACAAAGUGCACCCAGGAAAUAAACAAGUGAAAUGUGUUUUCAUUGAAGCCUAAAACAGAGCGAUCGAGAUACUUUCCAAUAACUCAUUUACAACUUUCUUGGUCCAGGCUUAGUGUGGAAGUUAUACUCAGAAGCAAAAGUCUGUUUCUUUGAAGGAUUGAUUUUUUUGUCAGUCCUGUUACGAUUUUUUUUACACCGUGAGUUGUCUGACAGACGAGACAAAUUGUACAGAGAUACCUGACCAAUCAUCAAGACUAAUGUAAAGGAAGAAAUUACAUUAAAAAGGAAGAGUUGCUGGAUGAUUGCAGAGGCAAACUGGUCCUGAAAACAUGUCAGCUGGAUUGGGUUAUUAUCCUGCUUACAUGCAGUCAGACCUUAGUAUUACCAAGAAUGACGUGUGUUUCUGGCAGCAGUUUUCAUUUUAGGUGGGGUGUUAACUGAACUAUUUCUCAGUUAUUUCCUGCAGCAGUUUCAUUUACAGCUUCGGGAUCAUUCUCCCAAUAAAUGACACAUAUCACUAUAAGAGUACAAUUAGAUUUCAUCCAGUUUUCACUUUAACCUCAAUCUGUAGGGGACUUAUGAGGAACAUUUAAAAGGGAAGCAUUUGAAGAUCAGCUGGAAACUAUUUAAAACUGUGAGAUAAUAUCCACGACCUCAGCUGAGGCAUUAAAUGUGUGAAAAUUAGGACUUUUGCGUGUUUGAAAAGAUGCUUUUCAGGUUUUUUGUAAUUUUUUGACAAUAUGGCAGUUGUUGUCAUCCUCUCCUAUUGAAAGAUUAAAGGUGGGGUUCCCAGAGGCCUCAUCCCAGGGCUUCUUCUGUUUGACAUCCAUAUGCUUCUAAUGGUUCUGAACACAGAAAAUUACAAAAUAGAUCACUGUAACUUCAAAGACAGCAAACAUUCUCACUGCCUCACUUUGGAAAAUUGGGACUGUUGUAUGUUUUAGAGGAAUGUGGAGUUCCCCAAGGCUUCAUCCUGGGGCCACUUCUGUUUAACAUUUGCGUUCUCCCACUGUUUUAUACUAUAGAAAAUAACAAAAUCAGUCACUGUAACUGUGCAGACUACAAACACUUAUGCCUAUCAAUGUCACCAGGAGACUUCCGCCCCAUACGGGUCCUGAGCAGGUGUCCUUGACAAAUCAAUGAGUGGACAUGCCUCAGCCGUAUAUAUAAUGUGUUGUAUAAAUAAACCUGCCAUGCUUUGCUCUCUUCAUCAUCUUCAUCCUCAUUGUGUCCCCUUGUAGAGAGCGGUACCAGCUACGUGAAGCCCGAAGGAUCAGGGACUUAGACCGGGUCUUACUGGGGUACCAGACCUACCCGCAGGCUCUGACCCUGGUGUUUGAUGACCUGCCGGGCCCGGACCUACUCUGCCACCUCACUAUGGACCACUUCACUGCUGAAGGGGAAGAGACCCCAACCAGAGGGGGAGGAGCCAGCGGGGGUGCAGAAGGCGAGGUUCAGUGGUGCGUGUUUGUCCCGGGAGCCGACAGCAGAGAGAGACUGAUCUCGCUCCUUGCUCGCCAAUGGGAGGCGCUGUGCAGUCGGGAGCUUCCUGUGGAGCUUACAGGCUGAUUGGUGGUCACAGCUGGCUACCAAAGCAGGACUCUUCGGCAUCUUGUUGGUCAGUGGAGGGUUGAGUUGAUGAAUGGCAGGGAGAAUUUAAAACAUGCAGUUUUAAUUCAAAAGCUUGAUUUAGCUUUUCAAAGGCCUCAGUAUGCUUCAAACUACGAGGUUUUGUCUGGCAUCAUGAAGUCAAAGCCGCUUGUAGCUGCUCUAGAAAUGACAAGGUGUGAUGAAUCAAUGAAAUGGGGGUAACAGAGCACACUUUUAGUCUUUUAAUGAAGGCAUUCAGGUACAAGAAGUUGUAUGAAGACAGAAAAAAGAGAGUUUAAGAUAGAAGGUAAAUCCUGUUUACUUGUUGCCACAUCAGAAGGUAAUAUUUUAGUGGUUUAAUCCUCAGUCUUUGAGGAUUACUCUCUGGGCAUAUGGAAUAGGAUGUAUUUUAUGAAGUGUUGUGACAAGGUGAAGCAAAGUUAAACUUCUCACCUUUGGCUCAGUGUUUAAUUGUUGAAUUCUUUGCUUGGCAUCCACAUUCAAUAACAAUUUCAGUAGCAGAGUAACUGAUCAAGAUGACUCAUUUUGCCUCAAAGGAUAUAGUACCAAGUGUUUGUCCUCUUGUUGUGGCUGUAAGUGUGUGUGUUUGCAAUAAGUCUGUGCAGGGAGGAAUAGAUGGAUUGUACUCAGUUGUUUACAUGUAGGAUAGAGUUGUUCAGAUACGGCUCUUAUUCAGCCUAAAUUGCAGGGUCAGUAAUAGAUGAAUAAGAUUUAUUUGUAUCAGCCUUCUUUGCUCCUCAAAAAUACAAACACACCUGACAUGUCACUUUGUUCAGCCGCCAUGCAGGUGUUUUCUGCUUCUUCAAACUUCUACUUGAGAACAGCAAAAAAGAGCUGUUUUUAGAUCAAUCAUGUGCAUACAGAGCAUACAGAGCAAUGUUUGGAAUAAUGUGUUGGAAAUGCAAGAGUAACAUCAUCUGGUAAUAUUUUACCCAGGAUAAUACUACCUGCAAACUGCUCUGCAUAGAAGUUUAAUUUGUCGCUCCUGUUGUCAUAAAGUCUAGAUCAGCUGUUAAAAAAUUAUAUACACAUGAUCAUAUCAUUGGUAGCUUUUUAAUGGCUUUGACAACCUUUGACAUUGGAGUCAGUGUAUGCCUGGGCAGAAAAAAAAGAUACCAGAACAUCUCCAAAGACAGAGCAACAAUCUUGUUGAGUGAUCUUGGAGAAAAUGUCAAAAAAUAGUCAACAAUAUGUGAAUGAUGCGUGUAUUUUGAGGUGGUUGGCAUGCAGUCAGACAAACUUCUUAGUUUGAAUCAUACUGGAACCUUUAAACUUACCUUUUGGGAAAUUAGAAGGGAUAUAGCACUACCUAAAGACGAUUGAGAGUCCACUGCAGGAAAACAGACACCUGGGACAUUACAGACAGAAGAAGAAGAAGAAGAAGAAGAAGCCUGAGACCUCACAUGGAGCAGAAACAGUGGGAGAUCCCGGCAAAACCUCCAUGGAGGAGAUCUACUUAUUACACGUUGACAGACAGACAAGCUGGUGUUGCACAGCAGGGGGCGCUGCAGACAGUCCACAGGAGUUCCACCUGAUUUUAAUUGAUAUUACCGUACAGAAACAGCUUUCAUUCCUAGUAUAUCCUCUUGUCUUCUUUCCUCUCCAGAGUCAAAUCGGAGGAGAAGGUUCAUCUCUUUCCUGUCCAGUACAAAGAAAAUUCUUGGACAUGUUAGCCUAGCUUAGCACAAAGACUGUAGAUCAGGGGGAACUGCUAGCCUAGCCUCAUGAAGAAACUCACUCACAUGAACUCCAAAGCUGUUUGAGUUACAUUAUAUUCAUGUGACAUCGCUCUUAAAACCAAAAAUCACUUUUAUAGAUUUACAUGUUGUACAUUUUUGCCGUCUGACUCUGAGUGAGGUGACAAGAGGAUGAUCCUAAAUAAUGGACUGUUUUAAAGAGCACACACACACACACACACACACACACACACAGCUGCUCGGCACAAUCUGCUCUCCGAACAUUUUAUUUCUUGCACACUAUAAUUGAUGGGGCAGUAUUACUGAACUGUAUAUUGUUAUUAAUAUGAUAUUAAUAUAAUUUGUUGCUUUGGGAAUGACGGAUGUUUUCUAUCAUGACACAGACUUUGUACUUAACAUGAAGAUCCUGUUAAUAUUUCCAAUAUGGACUCUGAAAUGUCAUCUUUAGUAUUAUUAUUAUUGAGUAUUAUUUUUUAUAUUUUCUUUGUGUUUUAUUUUAUUAUGUUUUUGUACAGUAAUAUUGACAAAUGGGAAUCCAGCUGUUAUUGGACCCUCCCACUCUUCGCCACUGUUGUUUACAUUACAUGUUGUCUUGUUAAAGGGGAAUGCCACUUAAUUAAAGUGAAAUGAAAGAUUUGCUUGUGGUGUUACUUCCUAUUUAAUACCAAUGGUUUUAUUCCUUGGUUUAUCAGCAGGUUUACCUCAGUCUGCACUUUUCAGCUGAUGCAGCAAAUAACAAAAUUAAUGCAACCACUGAAACAACUACUUCAUCUUUCUGUGAAUGUGUCUGAUACAAACCCAUAUCAUGAAGUGGCUACUGUGAAGUUCAGAUAUGUGCCAUUCAUUCGUUUUUGCUUUUUGUGCCUUUAUUUCAGACGAUGGGACAGUGGAUAGAGCAGGAAAUGGGGUGAAAGAGCAGGAAGUGACAUGGUUUCUGGGAUCAAACUCGGUCUCCCUUUAUGAGGCACAAUCAAACAUAAGAUAAGGGAGGUGGGGCGCUGAUGACCAGGUAGUCUAAGCGCUGCAUUUUCUGCUGCAUGUCUACCUCUUCCUGUGUUUUGCACUUGUAGUUAAGUAAUAGUGAAGUGGUCCAAGCAAGCUCGCAGAGUUUUAAUUUUUAAGAAAUAUACGUAAAAAGAAAUUUUCACACAUUUAGAUAAUUUUCAUUGUUGUUUUGUUGAAUGAAGGAUCUUGGGGGAUCGCUUACUUCUUUUUUCAGUCUCAUGAUCAGGUCAAACACCAUCAGUUUUUUCAGGAAAAUGUUGUAAAAACAUGAGAAAGAAUUUCCCAAACGCU